AUGGAAAAAUCAAAAAAAGAGUGGGUUGAUAGGAAGAAAAAUUAUGUACGAGUUAGGUAUCAGAAUUCGUUUAGUAUGACCAUAACAUCAACAGAAUUUUGGAGUUUUUCUAUGUCAUAG